AGAACCUGAUUGACAAGGCUGUCGUGUUAUGACGACCCCCAACAAAGGAAACAAGGCCUUGAAGGUGAAGCGGGAGCCAGGCGAGAAUGGGACCAGCUUGACAGAUGAGGAGCUGGUGACCAUGUCUGUGCGGGAGCUGAACCAGCAUUUGCGGGGCCUGUCGAAGGAGGAGAUCAUCCAGCUGAAGCAGCGUCGGCGCACGCUGAAGAACCGGGGCUACGCGGCCAGCUGCAGAGUCAAGCGUGUUACCCAGAAGGAGGAACUGGAGAAGCAGAAGGCAGAGUUGCAGCAAGAAGUGGAGAAGCUGGCCUCCGAGAACGCCAGCAUGAAAAUGGAACUCGAUGCUCUCCGCUCCAAAUACGAGGCUCUCCAGAACUUCGCCAGAACCGUGGCCCGGAGCCCCGUGACCCCUGCGCGGGGGCCUCUCACCUCCAGUAUGGGGCCCCUCGUCCCUGGCAAGGUUGCUACUACUAGUGUCAUCACGAUAGUGAAAUCCAAAACGGACGCCCGGUCUUAGUGAAGCGAGCGUUGCCUGAGCUUGUCUGUGCAGGGCAAUUAGGCACAAAACCAGCCUGGAAUCCCCAAAGCACAAACCCUCCCCACACGGGUCUGGGUUCCUUCUACUUGGCCCAGGACUGGCCUGCUGAUCACUCCAGUUUUAUUUUGUUGUGUCCAGAUUGGUAUGAGCAGUGGUGAUGCGUCCCUUGUCCUGUGCAGACAGAGCCUCCCACCCAGCGGUCUGUAGCCCUCGGGCGCCCGUGGGACAGACUGCAAGAUUUUGGUUUUCCAGCCAAAGAAAGUCUGUGCAGCGUGGCCGACGGCAGGGCGGCAGAGGGGCUUGGGGAAGGUCCGUAGGGAGGCUUUCUUCCUGGGGGCCGGGAACCCUGGUUUUCGGUCACUUCCAAAGGCUUUAUUUCAUUACUCUUCCAGGUGGUGCAUCUCGGCGCCUAACUGCCCGGCGCCCGAACCUGCUGCUUUUGUCUCAUUUGGUACCCGUAGUCACAGUUGGGGUGUUCUGUGUAAUAGGUUUUUAUUCCUUUCUAGGUGUGCCUCUGUGCCCUAACAGUGGGUUUCCUUCAGACGUCCGUUGCGUUAGCCGUGUAAACUAGCAGUGGUGGAAAGGAAGAUGCUGUCGUGCCCUGCUGCCUCUGCCCCAGCAGGGGGGAAGGAGCCGGGACGGGGCCCUUGCAGGGGCCCAGCACCCCAGGGGAGGGAGGGAGGGAAGGUACCGUGUUGACUGCAGGCCGGUUUUGUGCCUAAUGUGUUGCACUGAACAAGACCAAAAUCACUAGUUGUUCCCGUGUUUUGAGGGUAUCAAGUGUCUCUAGUGUGAUGGUUUACACAACCAGUUUAUGUGGUUAAAUAGCCCUUUAUUUAAAGAGAGAAACAUCAUUUUAAGAGUUAUUAAAUUAUCUAAGUUUAAAAUUAAAAUCAGACAGAAGAGAGAGCGUAUUUAUAGUCAGCUUUUUUAUCUGAGAGGGCGAGAAUAUUUGACCAUAUGGAUGGGGAAAUAUUCUCGGAGACUUUGCUAGUUAAAAGUUAAUAAAUAAAUAAUUUUAAAGUUUCUCAUGAACCUCCCGCAAACUGUUUGUGGCUCUGAGGUUAGUUUUUAUAAAGAGUUAUCAGACUUUAUUUAUAAAACUUAGAAAAAGACAAAAAAAGAGGCAA